AUGACGUUCAAUUAUGCAUUAUUGAUGGCAAUAGCAUUUGCGCCAUUUAAUCUUGCAGCGCCAGCAUCCAGCAAGAUUUAUUCUCGAGUUGCGGGUGGUAAUCUCGCCAGGCCAGGAGAAUUUCCCUUCCUCGUUGCACCUCAACUCAAUGGCAAUCAAUGGUGUGGUGCUACCUUACUUAACGCCUACACUGUCCUUACCGCUGGCCACUGCUCGGUCAAUAUUCCUCCUGCAAACGUUACGAUCCGUGCAGGCUCUAUGAACUGGCACUCUGGAGGCACUGUCUCAAACGUCACAGCAAUCAAGCUUCAUCCGUCAUACAGACCCACAAACGGCCAGUUUGACAUUGCACUUUGGCAUUUAGGGACUCCCAUUGAGUCUUCAGACACAAUCAGUUAUGCCCGAAUCGUCUCUCAAGGCUAUGACCCAGUUGUUGGGUUGAGCGCAACCACGGCGGGCUGGGGUAACACAGCUGAAGACCAGACAGUGGAGGGAUCUGCUGAUUUGAGAUGGGUCAACGUCCCAGUUGCUGCUAGACAGGAUUGCAGUAUUUACGGCCAGGCCACUGCCAACGAGAUCUGCGCGGGUGGAGAGGAAGGAAAAGGCAGCUGUCCGAAUGACUCUGGUGGGCCAAUCUGGGAUGCGGAGACGGGCGAAGUGAUGGGUACGGUUCACUCUGGUGGUGGGUGCGGUCUCAAAGGAGUGCCCAUUCUAUACACCAAUCUUGGAACUAUGAGUGACUGGGUGCGUCAAAACAUCUGGUGUGCGUAG